UAAAAUGACACCACAUUAGAGGAAUCAACAUAUCGCUGCACUUGAGCUCUAGACUCGGUGCCUCAACUUUCGAACAAAGGAAUGGGAAGUCGAUUUCUAUGUGAGCUCGAGGCUCGAGGCUCUCGAGUGCCUUUCCCCAAUAGAUUGAUACCUGUCCAACUUGGCGUGUUGGGACGAGGUCCACCGAGAACGUGGAGAAGCAUUGUCUACCCUCGAGAGUGACUCGAUAGACAUCCUUUGACAUUUCCACAUCGGGCUCUCGAGGACGACAUCGAAGGGACAAAGCUCGGAGUAAAGGCUUCUGUACCACACAGUGCCUUCCACUCACUAGCACUGCGUGCUAUUUGGGUUCUUGAUCGGUGGGAAGCGUUGACAGAAUCAGUCAUUUUCCGACGUCGGCAACGCAUGACCUUUUAAACUUCCGCUUCUCGGCGCGAAAAUUACGGAUAUUUGAAUAAAUUCAAGAUGAAAUGAAGCGCUCAGAGAGCGCAUCGUGCCCGCCUUCGGAGCGCGUUGCCCGAGUGGCGUCGGUCGGCCGCGGAGUGUGGGCAAGCACGAGCAAUACGCAACAUGAUUACCACGUGUGCGAGUGUGUACGUCUUAUCUCCGCUUCCCUUACUCCUCGUGACAUAACCGAUCUUGAAAAGAAUAAUUCUGUUUAUCGCUUUGUAUUUGCUAAAAGGUCCGCUAGAACCGCAGUAGCGGAUCAUUGGGCAAAGGGCAGCACGCGAUGAAGAAGUAAAUUGGACGUCGAUUUUUCUGUGGCGCAUAAGUUGGGUGCGUGUACGCGGACUUGAAAUCGUGGAAGCCCAAAUUGAAUAUACGAGCUAUCCACAGUACGAUGUGACUAGCUGGGUGGGCGUUCUACUUCAGAGAUUCACAUCAACUCCGUCCACACCGGCAAGCUAAGCUUCCUAAAGAACCCCCUGCUGCACGUGGAAUAUCGCGAAGCAGACCUGUACGCGUGGCACCCGCGUUGUGUAAGAGAAGACCAGAGCAAACGAGAGAAAUUCGUAAUUUAUUUCCACGUCUUCUUGGCUCAGUAUUUGAAUGGCUGGAGAUACACACCAUAUAGCUCCAAAUGAGAUAGAAGAAAUUUAACGAUUGAAUGUCGUUG